AUGGCCAGCGAAUAUAAUUCGAAAAGCGCUGGAAAUGAAUGGAGCGAACGCUGUAAAAUUGCGAGGCAACAAAAUGGAUGUGAAGAUCAAGAAAAGAGCAAAAUGAUCAAGGGUCAAAUAUGCAGUAAUGAAUGGGAGGGAAAUAAAUCAAAACGAUUGAAUAUCAGAAGAAAACAAAAGGAUGAUAAAGGAUCAAGCAAAGAUAAAAAAGGAUUAGGAUUCGAAGAUAACAUAAAUUUUAGAAAUACAAUUCAAAAUCACGACGUUGAAGGAUCGGAAGGAAAAGAAUGGGCAGAAGCUUUCGAAAUACCGGGAUUAUUGAUAAAUAUCCAGAGAAAAUGCACAUUAUCACUGUCAUCAUUUCAAAUGCUAUCAGAUACUUUUCAACAAUAUCACACUCAUUGCUGCAAUGCAUUUCAUACAUGUCAGAAUGAUUCGACAACAGAAACAUUAAAUCAAUGUGCUGCAAUAACAUACGCUAUCAUCAGAUUACUAUUCCACAUUGGCUACAAUCCGGAAAGAAUAGCAGUUUCCGGACUUGAUACAUUGAUGCUGUUGGCUGCCAAAGAUGCGAUGAAACUUGAAGAUGCGUGUUUCGCGUGGAAAACUGUCGCAUCUUUAAAAAAAGAUAGUAAUAAUCCGGAGAUUGCUAAGCAAAUCAAUGCAAUAUUAUUAAAGUUAGAUAUUAACUUUCAGAAAACAAUUUCACUAAUUAGUGUUGAACGUCUAACAUUGUUAGAUACUGAAUCUCUCACAGCAACGAUUCUAACCAGUGAUGAACAAAAUCAACAAUUCAUAAAUAGUCAAGUAAAAUCAUAUGUGAUAUUUGGUUCCUGGAAUAAUUGUACAAUGAAGCAUAUUGAAAAUUUUGAUGAUUUCAUAGCAUUUGUUACCUUUCAAAAAAAUUCUAAACUUCUCGAAGCUUUGAGAAAAGUUUUAAUUCAAAAGAAAGGUAUUUCCAACUUUCCUUUGAAAAACCAACUUCACCAAUCGAAAAAACCAUUGAAUCAAAGUGUUACGGAAACUUUGAGCGUGCAGGUAAACUUGAAAGAGAAAAAAUACUUAUUCACCCAUUUAAUAUAUAACUGUAACAUAUUAUCAGCUGCGACAUUGCUUGCUACUAUUUAUAGCGUAUUAUCAAAUAAAAGGUGCAUUUUAAAAGAUAUAACCUUCGUUUUUCCCGUUACUUUUGCAUCUGAAAGUGAAACUAUUAAUUUUAAAAUUCGAAUUUCUUCUGAAAUAUGCACUGUUACAUAUUCAAAUUGUCAAUGUCUUACAUUUCGACUUAGUGAACUCUGUCCAGGAAUACAUUCUGAAUCCAGCGAUAAUUGGGAAUGUCAAGGUAUCUUUCAUGACAUUAAUAAAUUAGAUGCCAGAUUUGAAUACAAUGCAAAAUCAGUUACAGAAGAAGAAUUUUAUGCAAAAAUGGAGCAGCAUCAUUAUCAGUAUAAUGAAGAAUUUCGCUGUGUCCGAAAGUUACGAAUGAUAAGUAAGGAUAGUGGUACGGUAGAGCUUUCGCGAAGCGCACAUCUUGAUGUUCUGAUUGAUGGAGCUAUGCAAGCAAUCGUUUUUAUUUAUAUUCAACAAUAUGGCACAAAACUGCCAACUUUAGUACCGUUCCAUAUUUGGAAAGUGGAGAUUGCUAGCAUAACGGAACAAGCAAUUUUAAUGGAAAAAUGUGAAGAUGCUAAUAUAUUGGCAUCUGUUAAAGCUGAAUUUGUUAAAGCUGAACUGCUUUUGGGUUCAUUUAAAUUUAAAACUAAUGAAAUCUCUGUUGCAGCGCAUGCUGUAAGUUUUUAUCCAAUGACUCCUGAUAAUAUAAUGAAAUCGUUGAAAAGAGAAAGAGUCCUAUCGACUAAUUCUUUUAAACCACGGAUCGAUUCUCAUCCUGAAGCAUCGUUAAGACCAGAAUUGGAAGAAUUGAUGAAUAAAAACGAGUUAUCAGAAAUGACAUCGAAUCAAUUGGCACGACAAGACAAAAGAUUAAUAUGCAUUAAAUCAAUUGCAUGCCGUUUACCCAAAACUGUUCAUGAUCCAGCUGACUUUUGGGAUGCUCUUAAAACCGGUCAAAUAAUGGCAAGUAAAAUUCCAUGUUCAAGGAUCAAGGGAAGGGAUAGUUUAGCUCAAGGCCAAUAUGGUCAUUCUGUUAGGUGUGCUAAUUUCUUAGCAAAUGAUAUCAGUCAUUUUGAUGCAACGUUUUUUGGCAUUUCACGAAGUGAAGCAGAAAAAAUAGAUCCACAGCAACGAAUACUUUUGGAAUGUGUAUAUGAAUGUAUGGAAAAUGCUGGAUUAACCUCAUUGAGAGAUGCUGGAUUUUUUGUCGGUUUCAUGUCAAAUGAAUAUCCGGAUAUUGUGAAAAGUCAGGAUGCUGUGUCGAUGCUUGGUUCAAGCGCUAGUGUUGUUAGUGGACGAUUGAAUUAUUUGUUUGGAAGUACUGGACCAGCAAUUACAAUUGAUACAGCGUGUAGUUCGAGUUUAGUUGCAUUGCAAGCAGCAAUUCAUGCAUUACUUGAAGGACAUUGUACUAUAGCUGUUGUUGCUGGAGUUAAUUUAAUUUUAACGGAACAAAGUAUCGGUCAACGAGCGAAUGGUAAUUUAUUAGCUGAUGAUGGCAUGUGUCGUAGUUUUGAUGCACGAUCAAGCGGCUAUGGAAGAGCAGACGGAUGCGUAGCCCUUCUUUUAAGUAUCGUCAAUAAAACAGUAGAAGGAAAUGACUGUGCGGCAAGCAUUGUUUCAACAUGCAUUGGUCAUAAUGGGCAAAGUGUUUCACUUACUGCACCUAAUGGCCGUGCCCAAGAAAAGUUACUCCGAGAUUGCUUAAGUAAGAUUCAAGGCAAUCAACCUGUUAAAUAUUGGGAAACACAUGGAACAGGUACCGUAAUUGGUGAUUCAAUAGAGCUGAAAGCAUUACAAGCAAAUUUACAGCAAUGUUUGAUUAGCACUGUAAAGACACAUUUUGGACAUUCAGAAGCCGCCGCUGGUGCUGCUGGAUUGGCCAAAAUUUUACUACAGUUUAAAUAUGAAUACAUUCCGGAACAUGGAUCCUACGAAUUUUUGCAAAAUUUACGAGAUGGAACUUUAUAUUUACCUGUUAUUGGUGAAGAAUGGAUAGGAGGUGCAAUAGCUGGAACAAGUUCAUUUGGUAUUAGUGGGACAAAUGCUAUGAUAAUAUUACAAUCUGAAAAAAGAAUUUUUAAGCGAUCGAAAAAAAGGGUAACAGCAAAACGGGAAACGUAUAUUUGUCCAAUAUCAGCAAAAAGUAAGGAAUCGUUGAAUAUGUUAGCGAUGAGCUAUCAAACAAUGCUUGAAAAUACUUUUCAUAACAUAAAAGAUGUUUGUUCAACAGCAGCGCUUCAUCGGAAUCACAUGCAAUAUCGUGCCAUCAUUUUACUACGUAAAAGAAAGAUUAUGCAAAAAUGGAUGAAUUAUGAAAAUUUUGAAAAAAAAGCAAUGAUAGGAUUGAAGUUGUACAGUAAAUCAUAUCUGUACAUACUUCCCUGGCUUUAUUUGACCUUUCCGAAAUUUAGGAUAAAUUUCAAAAUUUAUUAUCCACUAAUGAAGGGUUUUGUAACGCAACAAAUUUCAACAGAAUUUCAACGAACACAAAAUAUUGUUAUUCUAUCAGGCCUUUUAGGUUUAAUUACAUUUUUACAGGAUAUCGGUAUUAAAAUAAAAGCUAUUCACGCCUAUGAUAGUCUAUCGCUCACUGCAGCUCUAUUAAUUACUGAUAAAUUAAAGUUUACUAACCUUAACAACACAGUGUACUCAAAUAUAGAAAUUUUUACCCAAAAAAUUUCAACAACGAGUACGUAUAUGGAUAAUUAUAAAUGGUAUAAAUUAUAUACUAUAAAAGAUGGAGAAACUUUUGAAUAUGAAUUAGCGGAAAUGAUUGCAACAUCUUACCUGCAAGGAGAUUAUAUUAAUUGGACAUGCUUGUACUCACUACCACUUUAUCCGAUUACACUUCCUAAUUAUCAGUUUAGACGUGAAUCGUAUUGGAUUACCGAAAAUUCAGCAACAAUCGAUCAUUGGUUAAUUGGAAGAUUAAUCAAAGAUGAAGAAAACGAAUGCAUUUUCAUUAAUCAAAUCAGCAAAAUGACAAAUGGAGAAUUGAUGGUUAUCAAAUUUAGUGGACAAAUGCGCUUGUCUUUUGGUAUUUGUUGUGAGGCUAUCAUACAAGCACUUCAACUUACCUUUUUGAAGAAUAUUACCGAUCAAUCACGAUACUAUUCCUUCAACGAUAUAACAAUGAUAAAAUAUCGCGUGCAAGAAAAUGAUUGGAUAAAAACAACAAUUAAGAAGCAUAUAGACGAGAAGUAUCACGUAAAACUAACGUGCGCCUCAAAUAUUAUUUGUGAAGCAAACAUUAUCCUUACUGCUUCUACAAUUCCAACGAAGGCAUUAAAUAUCAAUCAAAUUGGAAAUUUUAUCACAAAGCCGAAUUUUUACGAAACUCUGAACGAUAAAGGAAUAUUUUACGAGAGAAUUUAUCAAAUAAUCACCCAUGCUUCUUCAAAUGGAAGAAUAUUUGUAACAAAAUGUCGCUGUCAAAUUUUUCUUCUGAUGGAAGCGAUAAUACAAACAGCAUGUUAUCUUAAUCUUUUAAAUCCAUACGACAUUUAUGGUGAAAAAAAAUUCACCAUCGAAAAUUUAAAUUUUCAUAUAUUUUUGUCCGAUUCAAUGUAUGUGUGGAUAGAAAAUCGCGAUAUAGUUGUGUAUAAUGAAAGUGAUAAGAUGAUGAUAAGUGCAAAUUUGAAUUAUAAAAAAGCCAAAAAGAAAUUUAGCAAAAGGAAGUGUCAGAAAAAAAAAAAUGAAGUAAAAUCGGAUCAAUUUAUUGGCUUUUCGUCUAUCAAUUAUGAAGAAUGUGCUGAUAAAGUACGACAAGCAGUUGAAGAUAUCCGCAAAAGCGAUAAACCAAUUAUUAAUGAACAAUCAUCAGCAUCAUUCACUGAACUUGGUCUUGAUUCGUUAUCGCUUAUUGACCUUGCUAAUCGCCUAAAUACUAUUUAUUUUCCUAAUUUUCAAAUUGGUGCUGUUGAUCUUUUCAAUUACCCAAAUAUUUUUUUGUUAGCUGAUGCGAUCUAUAAUCGUAAAAUAUCAUCAGCGAUUACUAAUAAUAAAGAGGAAAAGAUGCACCAAAUGAUGGAUAAACAUUCUGAUAUUAUUACUACUUUGGACAAACCCACUCGUAGAAGAUCUCGAAGUCAAAAUAAGCAUUGGUUAUCGACGAUGGAUAAAGAUGAAAGUUGCGCAUUUGCACAAAUAUUCUAUAAGGGGCAGUCAAAAAAUGAUUGUACAACUCUCAUUAUUACUGAUAAGCAAUUUAUAUCAGAAAAGAAACUGGAUAAAGAAUUGGUAAUCAUUGCAAGUAACAAAAAGCAAAAAUGUAAAAGCACUGAAGAUGACACUGGAAUACUAUAUUUUAAUGCCAGAAAUCCUAAAAAUUUUAAGCGCUAUUUUUCACCGCAUUUAGAUGAUCAAAAAACAAUUAUGAUCAGAUUUGACUUGAGCCGCAAUUUUCCUUUACGAUAUCUUGCAGAAAUUUUACUUCAUCUUACAGAAGCAAUCAUUCAAUCCAAACAUACUUACAUAUUUUCCAGUAAGUCUGAAUGCGGAAGCGCUAAUGCAUUUGCAUUAGGAUUUUCUAAAAGUUUAUCAGCAGAAUUAUAUCCCAAAGUGCAAUAUGAAUGGAAUUUUAUUUUAAAAAAAAUUUCAAGUUUAACGAAAUAUAUGGAGAAAUUACCAAAGUCAUUGCAAGCAGAUGAUGAUAAUUCGAAGGAAAGAUGGCUUAUUACUGGAGGUCUUGGUGGAAUCGGCUGGCAAAUGGCUAAAUUUAUAGGAUACAACCGAAGAGUUUCCCAUCUUUUUCUACUUGGUAGAAAGCGACCAAAGGAAAUACAAAGUGAAGAAAUGAACAAAAUGCGUGAUAGUGUAGGCGUUGAUGUACGUGCAGUUUCCGUCGAUUUGACAUCUAAAAUUCAAAUGAAAGAAUUCUUUGAAAAGUUACAAAUAUCCUUAACAAGUAUUAUUCAUAGUGCGGGAUGUAUUCAUGAUGCUUUAGCAUCCAAACAAAACAUUUCAACUUUUCGACUUGUAACUGAAGCGAAAUGUGAUGGAUUAUUAAUUUUGGAAAAACUAUGUCUUUCACACCCAAUCAGACAUUUUAUUGUUAACUCGUCCAUUUCUGCAAUAAUUGGUAAUGCUGGCCAAUGUAACUAUUCAGCAGCUAAUGCUUUUAUUGAUGAAAUCAUGGUUGAACGGCAUGCAAAAGGACUUCCGGCAACAAUAAUUAAUUGGGGAAAUUGGCUGGAAAUUGGAAUGGCUGUUAAAGCUAACAAAAUUUUGAACAUAAUGGGAUUUAUCGGUUUAAAAACCCAAAAAGCGAUGAAUUAUUUACAAAUUGCCAUUGAUUAUUCACCGGCAAGAAUAAUUGUCACUCAGAUUGAUGUCCGAAAAAUUCUACGCUACCGUCCUGAUUUAUCUGUUGUAUUUCUGAAUAAUACAAAUGAAAAUAAUACUUUAAAAAUCAGAAAGAAUGUUCAACAGGCUCUAAGCCAAGAUUGUCAACCCAAGAUGUCAAGCUCUAAGCCAAGAUUUGUCAAGCAAUGCAAUAAAAACAUAGAAGAAAAUGGCAGAAUUUAUAAAAAUAACAUCAAUCGCCUCAAAUUAGUAAUCGUCGAAAUCUUGGAGGAAAUAACUGCACAAGCGAUAACUAACGAGGAUUACCAAAGAAGUUUUAUGGAUCUUGGUCUUGAUUCUCUUAAAAUAUAUCGAUUUGUAAGUGGGUUAACGAAAAAAAUUGAAAUAAAGCCUACUCUAAAUGUAUUGGCGAUAUUUGAGCAUCCAACAAUCGAUCAACUUUCUCAUUAUAUCGGGUCACUAUUCUGCCGUAUAAGAGAACGUUCAGAAAUGGUAACAAAUGGCGAUAAUUUCCCAUCAAAGCAUAAAAAAAAUUUAGAAAAUACAGCUAAAAAUUUUAAACUUUUUGUGCUCCACUUAAAAGACGGAGAGAAGUUGCGAAAGGAAAAAUUUCAUUUUCUCGACCCGUUUGAACAGUCGUCAAAAAUCUCAGAAAUAUCAUCGGAUCGAUCAUUUGAACAAGAUCAGUCUAACGGUUGCUUCCAUAUUAUUUGGGGUUCAAAAUACAAAAUACUGCGAAAUAGUUCGCUACGCUUUGAAAUUAUUCCUAAUAACAAGCAAUCCCGAAAGCCAAUCAUCUCCUUUAUAGUCAGUGGUCAAGGAGGUCAAGUAUGGAAUAUGGGUAGGCAGCUCAGUUGUAUUUUUCCAUUUUUUCGAAAAAAAUUCAAUGAAACAUUAAAUGCUGCCACUCGAUAUAUGCCCGAGAAAUGUGUAAAUAUUCGGGACAUAAUUUACCAAUGGCGUCAUCGAGAAUUACUAUAUAAAACAGAAUACGCUCAACCGAUUAUUUACUGUUUUGCAUACACACUUGCUAAAUUUUACGAAUUUUGCGGUGUACAAGCUAAUUUUUUUGUUGGGCAUAGUAUUGGAGAAAUUGUGGCUUGUACGUUAGCUGGUCGAAUAUCAUUCGACGAUGCAUUAAAAUUGGUUAUACGACGGGGAGAAAUUCUUGGAUUUACCAGAGGGAAGGGCAAAAUGAUUGCAGUAAGGGAAAAUGAUGCCAAAAAACUUCAACGAUACAGUGGGAUGAGUAGGGCAGCAGAAAAUAGUUACAAGCAAAUUGUUCUAUCAGGCGAUAAUCGAUCAGCCAAAUUAUGCUUUCAUUUUGCACAAUCAUAUCAAUGUCCGGUCACAGUAAUUGAUGAUUGUUAUCCAUUUCACAGUUCAGCGAUUGAUGAUACACUAAAUGAUCAAUAUAUGAUGGAUUGUAGAAAAGUGAAAUUAAAAAAAACGAAAACACGAAAUAUUGUUAGCAGUUGUACCGGAAAAUUUAUGGAGCACAAAAUGGAACCGAUCGCUGCGAUCAAAUCUACUGUGUUUUUCAAAAGAUGCGUGAAAACACUGUAUGACCAAAACACUAAUAUAUGGCUUGAGAUAGGUAAUGGUGAAAUUUUGACAACGUUUGUGAGAAAUAUGCUGGGAUCUACACCGGAUACAUUGAUAUGUUCAGCAAUUAGAAAUGAUAAGCAAGAAGUGGAUUCAUUCAUUCACUCAUUAUGUCAACUUCAGAUUUUUGGAGUUAAGAUUAAAUGGGAACGAAUAUGUAAUAAAAUAAAUGGUAAUAAUUCUGAGGAAACUAUGAAAUCAUGUGAGAAAAGGACCGAAAAGAAAAUGAUAAUUAGAAAAGAAAAUGAUAUGGCACUGAUUGAGCAGCAUCUUAUCAAUGGUGAAAUAAUAUUACCUGCAGCAUUUAUCAUCGUUAAAUUUGUUGAAUUUGCUAAAAACUCAUUAAAAAGAUACAUUGGCAAAUCAAAAAUGCGAAGAUUAUUUUUUGAACACAAAACGAUCGCUUUUGAAGCAUUAAAGUUGGAUAAGCGAGUGAGUGAAAUUGAUCUAAACAAAUUGGGAAUAAAAUUCGAUCCAUCUGAAUUGAUUCUGACAGAUAACAUUAGCAAAUAUAGCAGUUGCCGGUUAGCUAAUGAAGAGUGCACAAAGAAUUUGGAACAAAUGAAACAAAUCGAUGCUUUAAUUACAUUACGAAUUAAGUACGAACAAUUAAAGAGAAAAAUGAAUAAAUUAUCUCAUCGAGCAUUUUAUGAAACAAUGAGAAGAAGCGGUUUGCAGUAUGGACCAAAGUAUCAAAUGUUACGGGAAAUAUACUAUAAAGGUUGUCUUAUUGGUGCAACAUUGAUCAAUGUUACUGAUCUAACUGAACUUCUUGAUGGAGCUCUUCAACUACUUUCUGCCGCUCUUCUAGCCAAUGGCAAAUCAACAGUUUAUAUUCCAUUUGCAAUCGAUGAUAUCAUAAUCAAAUAUGAUAUGAAAACUGCACACAAUUCUUUCCACGCUUAUGGAAUUAUCUCGAAACGUAUUGAUAAUAUUAUCAAAGGGUCAGUUGUUAUUUACAAGGAUGGCAAUCAAGUCAUCAUUCUAAACAACGUUAUAGCAAUUGAUAUUAGUGCUAACAAGCCCAUCAUAUCAAUCAAACAUCGCAAUCCAUCAGAUUCCCUAUAUUCGACUGGUACUAAAAUCAAGCAUCCUGCAAUCACAGAUAAGAAUGGUGAGAAAAAACAUAUUGAAAUGAAUUCGAAAAAUGAUGCUGUUAAUGCGUUAACAACUGAAAUCAAGAAGGAUAAAAAGUCUAUUCGGAAUGAAACGUUGCAAAUUGAAAUUGUCAGUUAUGUUGGUCAAUUUCCUGGUUCUGCAGUUGAUUGCGCUUCGUUGUGGAAUAAUCUGAAAACAGGAACAAGCUUGCACUUCUCCAGCAAUAUACAAAAAUUUCAAACCGAUAUUACCUUCUUUGAUCCAAUAAAAUUUGGUAUUACACCUAAAGAGGCUGCUUAUAUCGAUCCUCAACAGAGAAUUCUCUUAGAGAUGGCACAAAAAACGAUUGAAAAUGCUGGAUUAGAAAAAUUAGAUAGUGGAACGGGAGUGUUUAUUGGUGUAAGUUCGAGUGAUUUUGCUCAGAAGGCAUAUCGAGAGAUUGAAGAUACAAGUCCUUACCUGAGUACCGGUACAAAUCAAAGCGCUUUAGCUGGUCGCAUUGCUUAUUGGUUCAAUUUAAAAGGACCUACAAUGGUGAUCGAUACAGCAUGUUCAUCAUUUUUCUCUGCUCUUGCUGUUGCUUGCGAUAACAUUAGAAUGGGUAAUUGUCGGGCAGCUCUCGUUGGAGCUGUUAAUAUUAUCCUUAAUUUGAAAUCUACUUCAGUAUUGGAAAAUGCCCAAAUGCUCAGUAAAACAGGCUUUUGCAAAGUAUUCGACAUGGAUGCGGACGGAUAUGCCCGAUCGGAAGGCGCUGCUAUGAUAUUAAUUCAGGGACUAAGUGAGCAAAGUUAUAAUUCAGGGAACGAAAAGUUAGCUAUCCGGCGAAAUGAUAUGACGUUUACAAUCGAAUCGUACGGUAUGGGACAUAAUGGACGAUCGAAUGGGCUUACGAUACCAAAUGGUAUAAGUGAGUACGAACUAAUUAAUAGGGUUAAUACGAAACGUGUAAAUACGUCAAUGAUAAGUUGGGUAGAAGCUCAUGCGGCAGGUACACCAUUAGGUGAUCCAAUUGAGACGGAAGCUAUUAUUAGAGCUCUAGCAGAUUUAUCGUACACAGAUCAUCCGAUUUACAUUACGUCUGUAAAAAGUUCAAUUGGUCAUUGUGAGGCUGCAGCCGGUGCUGCAUCUUUGAUAAUGGCGCUUGAGGCAUAUCGUCAUCGUUACCUACCACCAAUCCAACAUUUUAAAUUGCUAAAUACAAAUAUCAUGAACGAAGCUAUGCUAAGUGUACCAGUAAUUGGCGAAGAAUUAUCGGAUAAUUUUGAUAUGCUUAUAAAUAGUUUUGGUUUCAGUGGUACUAAUGUAUCGAUAGUUCUUAAAGGAUGUAAAAGAAGACAACUGGAGAAAAAUGAACAAACACUGAAUCAUCCAGCGAUGAAACAACCCAGCCAUUUUUCAUGCAUUCUUCUAUGCUCUGCAGAUGAUUCAAAAUCAUUCAAACUGGUAUCUGAAAAAUUAGAGGAGUAUCUGAAAGAAGUAAGCUACAAUCUUGCAACAGUUUGCACAUGCUUACAAAAUUUGAGGAGUACCGGAAGAUAUCGGACAGCAAUGCCGAUUAAACGACAUACACAAAAAUGGAUACCUUUCCGGAUAACGAAUAAACCACAGAAAUGGACCAAAGUUGUUUUGAGUUUGGGAAAAAGUCCAGAACCGUCUAUGAUCGCUGAACUAUUCAUAGUCUAUCGUUCUUUCCGGAAAAUUUUCAUGGAUUAUAUCAGAACUUAUAAAUGUGCAAAUAAUUUUACACCAUCCAAACGAAGCGGAAAAUUUGCAUACGAAUAUAUUUCAAAACUUUCAUUGAUUACAUUUUUACUGGCCAUUGGAAUAAAUCCGUCAACAAUUAUAGCACCCACUAGAAUCGAUCGAAUUGUUGCAGAAAUAAUAAAGCGAAAGUAUAAGACGAAAUAUGCUCUAGAAGCAAUAAAUAAUUCCAAAAAAGGAAUGCCAUAUCAGCGUUGCAAUUUUGAAAUACAACAAGAAAUAGUUUCCGAAGAUUCUGAUUGCAUUUUAAACGUGCAAACUUUGCUGAUUGAGAAACUUGAAAUGGUAUGUGGUAAUAAUUGGAAGCGGUCAUUUACUAAUCAAUUCGCGGAUACAAUUUGUCAAUUAUAUGAGCGCUUCAUUGAUAUCAAUUGGCAGGUACUUAAUGAUCGAGCAGCUGAAACAUGCCUUAUACCGGAUCCUGAAUAUUCCAAGAAAAAAUAUUGGCCUUUUACUGACCUUAAUAUGCAACAUAUCGAUUAUAAUAAUUUUUCGUAUGGCGAAGUUCCCUUUUCGAAUUUGCAACCGGAAAUAUCUCAAACGAUUAAGAAACUUGAUGAAGCAGAUUCCUUAAUUGAUUCAUUUAACAGUAAUAAUAUUGAUAGUAGCAAAAUGGAUUUGAUCAAUCAUCACUACUUAUACAAAUUAGUUCAAAAAAAAUGCAUACCACCGAAUCCGAAACGAAUUAUUCCAUUUAUUGCUAUCAAUCUUACCGAUUCGACAACAAUUAUAGGACAACAAGCUAUCUUUAUUGAUAAGAUAAACGAUAAUAACGAUAUUUUUAGGAUCAAAAAGCAGCUUGAUCUACAUAAAUGUACAAAGUUGGUAUUAGAAUGGAUAGUUGACGAGGAAAAUGUACUGGAAAAUACCAUAAGGCAAAGGAAUCAACGAUUAUUUGCGCCAUUUUCUGCUUUACUGAAAACAUUAGCAAUGGAACAAGCAAAUGUAAAUUUCAAAGGUAUCCAUGCUGAUAUCAUCGAUCAACAACUUUUCUACGAAAUUUCUGAUGAAAAUUUUCUCAAUGAAAUAAUUUAUCACAAUAAUGGUAAUCGAUAUGUUGAAAAAUUGCAACAAAUUGUUGAUAACACAGUGAUAAUUGUACGACAAAUAAGAAAUGUUGGUCGAAUACUGAUAACAGGAAAUAUUCGAGGAAUAGCGAUGGAAUUGAUUAAAUUGUUAAAACCUUAUUUGGCGGUAGUUGUAUCCAGAAGUAUGCCAAGCAUUUGCAACAAUGGUGAUAAUAGCUCUGUGGUUAAAACAAUACAAACAGAUUGUACCAAUUACAAGCAGAUGGAAAAAAUUUUCUCGACAUUUGCACCAUUCGAUUUUGUCUUCCAUUGUGCAGCAACAAUAAAUAAUAGUUUGAUGGAAAAUAUGAACGUGAAAUUGUUUAAAACGGUAUGCUGUCCAAAGGUUAUAGGUUUACAGAAUAUUAUCAAGCUUUCGCGGGUAUAUCCAAUCAGGAAAAUAGUAGCAUUCUCAUCAGCGGCAACUAUUUUUGGCUCUGCUGGGCAAGCUAAUUAUGUUGUCGCCAACGAACUUAUGGAAUAUUUGAUGAAAAGAAAUGUGCCAGAUGGUUUGUUCAUUAGCUGGGGACCAUGGGAUGGACGAGGACUUUUGGUUGGCGAACAUAUGGCUGGCAUCCGGAAACAAAUCCAGAAUAGCGGUUGGAAAUUAAUGCAAGUAGGACAGGUUGCUCAAUUAUGCUGUAAAUUACUUUCCAAUACAGGUCAUCAUAUAGCAAUGGAUGUUAAUUUUGAUGUACUUCGAAAAAAGCAUCCGUACCUGAACAGCUUUCUAAAAUGUAUUCCAGAUAAUAAGAUCUAUAAAAAUGACGACCUGCAUUUAGAUUGUAAAUCAAGAAAAGAUUUCAAUGAAAUAAUCAAGAAUUGUAUUACAGAGAUAAGCGGUAUUACAGAUGUAAAGCCUGAUGUUGGUUUCAUGUCAAUGGGAAUUGAUUCAUUGAUGAUCUCUGAAAUGCUAACAUUGCUUAAAGAACGAUUAAAUUUGAAUAUUUCAAUUGCUGUUCUCUACGAAUACUCUACUGUGGAAAAACUAUCACAAUAUUUAUCGCAAAAUAUUUCGACAGGUUGUAAAUUGAUAAAUGAUAUGAAAGUAAAAGAUACAAAUGAUGAGGUUGCAAUAAUUGGUUAUUCGGGAGCUUUUUCCGGAGCACCUGAUGACGAGACAUUUUGGCAUUCUCUAUUAGAUGGCAAAGAAUUAGUUGGACAUCACAAAAAAACUAUAAAUGAUAAUUAUGAAGUAAUAGAAGCAGCUGGCACAGUACCAGAUAUUGACAAAUUUGAUUAUCGAUUUUGGAAAAUGAGUCCUGAUGAUGCAAGUUACAUUGAUCCACAAAUCCGGAAAUUUAUUGAGCAUGCAUAUGUUGCUCUUGAACGAUCAGGUCUUAUAAGGCUCAAAAGUAAGCUGAGAAUAGCAGUCGUUGCUGGUGCUGAACCAUCAGAAUAUCGCCCAAAAUCACGCCGUAUCGGUGGUAUCGAAGAUUUAUACGAAAUGAAUCAGAAGGAUUUUGUUGCUGCAUGGACCAGUCAUUUGCUCGAUCUUCAUGGUCCAUCAUUUGGAGUUUAUUCUGCCUGCUCCACUGCUCUUGUUGCUAUUGUACAGGCUCUUAAUUUGUUGCAUAAAAAUCAAUGUGAUGUUGCGCUUGCGGGUGCCGUAUCUUUGACUAUACCUCGUACUGAUAACAGCAGUAGCUUACGAGGAAUGGUACUAUCAUCUGAUGGUCAUUGCCGACCAUUUGAUCAAAAAUCGAGCGGAACGGUUCGAGGUUCGGCAGUUGGUGUUGUUGUAUUACGACGCCUUAGUCAGGCUCGAGAAACCAAUACUCCGGUGAUAGUUAAAAUAGUAGGCUAUGGGAUUACUAAUGAUGGCCUGUUAAAGUCUAGCUUUAUGGCACCGAAUAUCAGCGGUCAGUUAACUUGCAUGAAGGAAGCAAUUGAAAUGACCGGUACAGCUGAAGUAGAUUAUAUCGAAUGUCAUGGGACUGGGACAACAACGGGUGAUCUAAUCGAACUUACAGCAAUGUCCCAAUUAUAUCAUCGUGAUACAUUAAUUGGUUCAGUGAAGGCUAAUAUCGGACAUGCGUUAGCUGGAGCUGGCAUUGGUGCUGUUAUUAAAUUAUGCAAAAUCGCCGAAAUGAGAAUUAUUCCGAAACAAAUUAAUUUUGAUAAAUUAAAUGAGAAUCUGAAAGAUGUUAGUUUCAAAAUUAACCAAUGUAACAUCGAAUUUCAAAAGAAAAAACUACGACUUGCUGUGAAUUCUUCUGGUAUUGGUGGAACUAAUGCACAUAUCAUUAUGGAAAGUGAUGAUCACAUGUCUUCCAUCAAUCAUUCAAAUAUUAAGCAACGUUUUUAUGCUUUAACAAUAUCCGGUAGAACUGAAAAUGCGUGCAUUCGUCUUUGUGAUCGUAUAUCUAAUUAUCUGAAAUCAGAAAUGGAUUUAACUCAAAUAGCAAGUACAUUACAAAACUAUCGUGAACAUUUUGAAUAUCGGAUUGGUAUAAGUGUACAAUCAGCUACGAACGCCAUCAAUCAACUGAAAAAUAUUAGUAAAAUGGAAAAGAUGAUCCAAUUGAAUCAAGAAAAUGUCGCAUUCUAUUUUGCGCCUCAAGGAUUGGAAUAUUCUAAUAUGGGAUUGGAAGCAAUGGCUUAUAAUGAAGUAUUUCGUGAAGUGAUGCAGAAAUGUUGUCAUAUUGCUACCAAAUUAAUUGGUAUCAAUUUUCACACUAUCAUUCAUCCACAACAAAAAUUUGAUUCGCGAUAUGCAAUUAUCAAACAGCCGUACUCACAAAUAGCAACAUUCAUUAUUUGUUUUGCUUUGGCGGAGCAGUUACGAGCCUGGGGAAUUGAAGGAUGCAUAAUGAUAGGACAUAGUUUAGGUGAAUAUGUCGCGGCUGCUCAAGCUGGCGUCUUUGAUAUGGAAACCGCAUUAAAGAUACUGUUCAAACGAGGAUGUUUAAUUGCGAAAACGGAAAAAGCAAAAAUGCUUGCUGUAAAAUGCUCAGAAUUUGCAUUCGAAUUACCGAUAAGAAAUACCGAUGAAAAACACCUGAAAAUUGCUAGAACAAUUGAAGUUUCUGCUAUUCUUCGUUCGGAUCUUAAAUGUUUAGUUGGAAAGCCUGAAAGAAUUGAUGAGUUGAAAAAAAAACUGGGGGAGGACGAGAUGCAUUGCAGGGAAUUGGAGACAAAUUAUGGUUUCCAUAGUUCAUUCAUGGAUUCCAUACUUGAAGAAUUUGAGCAAUUUUUGGAAAAUUUCACUUUUCGAGAGCCAACAAAACGAAUUUUGUCAAAUAUUAACGGCCAACUUAUAAAGCAUUUUGAUAGCAAAUAUAUGGUGGAACAUAUGAGAAGCACAAUUCGAAUCGAUAAAUGUAUCAAAAAUUUGGGCAGCGAAAUUAAGAUAAUCAUAGAAAUUGGUCCAAAAGGAAUUCUCGAAAGUUUAUUGAAAGAUAAUCCAUGUGAAAUUGGAGUAAUUUCAACAUUACCAUCUAAAAAACAAUAUGAAAAAGGUUAUGAUACAGGUGACUUGCUCGGUAUCGCGACGAAACUAUGGAUGAAAGGUUAUCAGCUAAAUUGGGAAAGGAUUUGUGGAAAUUAUAGUUUUGAUAAACGUCUUCCAAAUUAUCAGUUCGAAAAAAAUAUUUGUUGGGAAUAUCAAGACAAGAAGUGGAAUAGAGAAAGAUCUGACGUAAACCUAUAUGAACCAUGCUGGAUACCAUACAAAUUUACAACCCGAAAACGAUUUCCGAAAGGAGUUCUAUUGUUUUUACCGAUUAUAUGCACAAAGCCAAUCAGUACACUUCUUACAGUACUGCAUAAUCUGUUUGUACCGGUUCAGUGUAUUUUCAAUGAUACUUUCUCAACCGGAAAUAUAAAUGUAAUAAAUGGCAACAUUUAUAUAAAUUCGAAUAAAGAAGAAUCAUAUCAGCAAUUAGCCAAUUUUCUCCGUAAUAAUAAUUUUUACUAUGAUACUAUAAUUCAUGCAUGGAAUUUUCCGAUAAAUUAUGGAAAAGAACGAAUCGAUGAUUCUUACUUACUUUCAAGUUUUUAUUCCAUAUAUUGGAUUUUAACAAAUGUUAUACAAAAUAUAACUAAUCUAAGAUUUCUAGUAAGUAUUGAUUGGAAUGCGGAGCCAGAGAUAUUCACAAUUCUUGGACCAAUAAGAGAAUUAACAAUGACAAGACAAUUAACGCAAACUGUUUGUAUUCUUUGCACACUGGAAGUUGAUUUAUUUGAGGCAUUACAAUUAUUUGAAUCUUAUCAACCAGAUUUUUCGUUGAUUCGAAAUUCAAUAAAUGGAGAAUAUGAACAUUUUUCCUACCGAUUGAAAGAAAUUGAAAGCGAUAAUUACUUUACGAAAAGUUGGAAGAAUGACUGUCUUAUUCGAAGCGCUGAUGUCGUUGUGAUUUUUGGAUUUGGCAACAUUGGGCAAUCUUUCAUCACUGUUCUUUGUCAAAACUUCGACUUUUUAACGAUUUGUAUAGCUAGUCCUAAUGCUACACGCCAUUUUCUAGAAUUGCAUAAUACAAUUAACCAAUGGAAAAGUUCAAGAAAAUUUAGAAUGUCGGAAAAAGUUGACGUUACUAAUAAUCAACAUGCAAUUCUUGCAUACGACGUCGAUAUAACGAAUGAAGAACAAGUACAACAUUUCCUGAACCAAAUAAUGCUGCAGCAUGGACAGAUCAAUGUCAUAAUCCAUGCAGCAGCUGGAAAAAUUGACAGUACUAAAUUCGAAAAGAGUUUCGAUCAAAUACAAUUUGUAUUGCAACCGAAAAUUCGAGGUAUCCGGAACAUAAUUGAUACUUUGCGCAAAAAUGAUAUUAGUAUUCAUAGCCUAAUCCUUAAUUCAAGCCUGAAUACAUUAUUUGGAUUACCUGGUAAUAAUGAUUAUGCAGCAUCAAAUAUUUUUCUGGAUGCAUGUUGCAGCAGAAGUUUUCAUAACAUCCAAAAUAUCACAACUAUACAAUGGACUGGUUGGAAAGAUAGUAAUAUGCUUAGCUCGUACGCGAACAAGGAAAAUAAAAGUCAGAAUCCGGUAACAAACUUUAUCAUAGAAUACUCAUUAUCAGUGAAAGAAGCUGAACGAAUGAUAUGGAAAUGUUUGCAUCAACGAGGAUUGAUUGCUGUAUCAUCUGUUAGUCCUAAUGAUAUUGUUCAUGAAAUUCGUAAAUUAAAUUUUACUGCGAGUGAUAAAUUCGCUACUAUUCCAGUGCAAGAAAAUAGCAUGGGAAAGAAUUGCAGCGAUUUAAGAAAUAUUGUUGCGCAGAUUUGGAUGGAUUAUUUGGGUGUUGAACACGUAACCUAUCAUGAUGACUUCUUUCAAUUAGGAGGACAUUCCUUAAAUGGCAUGCAAAUUGUUUGGGAAAUUAAUCGUAUUAUGCAAAUUGAUUGCAAACUGGAUGAUCUGUUCCGAAAUUCACAAUUCGAAAACUUUUUGAAAUUUUUGCAAAAAUUAAUUAUUAAUAGAAAAGAUCGAAAAUUUCCAUAUAAUUUGGAAAGUUACAAAAUUCUUGAUAAUACUGGCAAAUUGAAAAGGAUCCCAUUGAGUUAUCCGCAGGAAAAUAUGUACAUCUUAAGGCAAUUGCAACAUCCAACUCUCUACAAUAUUUCCUUUUUAUUAACAUUCCAAGAAUCACUUUGCAUUAAAAGCUUACGAAAAGCGCUACUAUUUCUUAUUGCGCGACAAACUUCUCUUCGAACCGCAUUUUCAGUAUCAAAUAAUGCAUGCUAUCAGGAAAUUCAAUCUCUCACUGAGUCCUAUUAUCAUGUAACUUGGCCUAAUAUGGAUGAAUGCGAACGUCGAGAGCUGAUAAAAAAUGAGAAAAAUCAUAUAAUGGAUCUGAGUAAGAUUCCGUUCAGAAUAUUAGCAAUGUGUAGUAAUGGGACUGAUAUGAAGGAAAAUAAAUACAUGAUAAUGAUUAGCCAACAUCAUAUCAUUACUGAUGGUUGGUCGAUGACUAUUUUUGCCAAUGAAUUAGGGCAGCUUUAUGGUUACUGCUUAAAAAACCAACAUAUUCCGAAAAAUUUCAAAAGGUUAUCCCGGGAUGUAACUCAUUUCGCAAUUUGGCAACGUAGCAACAAAUUUACUGAGACAGUACAAAAUGAUCUUCAACGAUUAUGUACUAAACUUCAAGGACUUCAAGCAACACGGAUUGUCGCGCAGAAGACCACAAUUAUGGUAUCAAAAUUAAUUAGCCAAAAGACAUUCUCAAUUCCAGCAUCGCUUUGUUCACAAAUUAAUCGAGUAGCCAAACAAUAUCAACAAACGGUGUAUACAGUAAUGCUUACUGCAUUCCUAUGUCUUGUUCGAAAAUUUUCGGAUAAUUACAGCAACAACACAAUUUUAAUCGGCUGUCCGGUAUCUGGAAGAAUAGGUGCAGAAGAAAUGAAAUCGGUUAUGGGUUAUUUUUUGAAUAACAUUAUCCUAAUUAUUAAGGAUUUCAAAAUGAACGCAACAAACAAUGUUCUUUUUGAGCGAGUUAAAAAAGCAAUUCAGGAGGCUCGAUCGUUUGAGCAUUUGCCAUUUCACUUAUUGGUAGCUAAAUUGUCACAUCAACGACGACAUAUUCAGCAACAUCCUAUUUUCGAUAUAUUUUUUAACUAUCGUCAUAAUCUUGACUUUCCGAAAAUCAAAAUUUCUGAUGUAGGAAAUACGAUAACACAACUUACCACCAAUGAUGCAUUUGAUUUUGCAUGUACAAUUGAUGAAACAGAUGGAGGAACAUUGAUUACCAUUGAUUACAAUGUUAAUCAAUACUCGAUUCAGCUUGUCGAUGACAUGAUUGCAGUUUAUUUUAAAUUGCUAAAAUCUCUUAGUGGCCAAUCUGAUAGCGGAAAAAAAGUAAUGAAUGAUUUAAGAUGUAAAACUCAUCAUGAUAUAUUAUCAGGAAGUGUCAUUGAUAUAAUUGAGCAACAAUCUGUGCUUAGUGAUAAGCUUACUGCUUUUUGCUAUUUACACCAAAUAAUUACUUAUCGACAAAUGCAUGAUAUGAUUCAUAUAUUUUCGAACAAAAUUAAACAAUUUUAUUUGCAAAAUAAUUGUGAGAGCAUUCGUGCUGAUACAAUAAUACCGAUAUGUGCCGAUUCAAAUGCAAUAAUAAUACCAUUACUAGCAGUGCAACUAACUGGUGCAGCAUACGCACCUAUCGAUCCUGCGAAUUCUACAACAGUGAUCUUACAAUUAGUGCAAGAUAUUGGUGCAUCAAUCAUUAUUGUUCAAAAAAAUGAUUUAGGCUUAAACAUUCCUGCAUUAUCGUUAACUCAUUUUUCAUCAUUGGAUUGCCGUCAAUCUUGUAUUUAUGAUAUAGAAGGAUGGAAAACGGACAAAAAAGCAGAUAACAGAAAACGUUUACAAAGCUCUGAUGCAUCAUACAUCAUUUUCACUAGUGGUUCUACCGGAAAACCAAAAGCUGUUUGUGUCACGAAUCAGAAUCUUCUCAAUUUUAUAUUUACAUCAACUCAGCAAGCAACUUUUCGUCCCAAACUUCGCGUCUAUCAUUCUGUUAACACAAUUUUUGAUGUAAGUUGCGUGAAUAUUUUCACAACUUUUUCAAAUGGUUGUUGUCUGAUUGCAUCGCAAAAUAUUCUGAAUGCAACAGUUGAGAUUGUUCAGAGAAAUGUGAAGUUUGCUUUCUUACCAUCGGCUUUAUUUAAUAUGCUUGAUGGUGAUGAAAUUAUCCAACUUCAACAGUUGGAAAAGCUAUAUGUUGGUGGUGAAACACCAAAUAAUGAGCAACUUAAUCGAUUUUUACAAGUGGGAAUUCGAAUUUGUCAAAUUUAUGGUCCAACGGAAACUACUGUUUGGUCAUUAUCAAACAAUUGUUCUGUAUUAGAAUAUGAAUGUGGUCGAGUAAUCGGAUCACCGUUGAAUAAUGAAACUGCAUAUCUUUUAGAUCCAGAAAAUAAUAUAACAUGCAGUGGUGGGAAAGGUGAAUUAGUGAUUUGUGGAGAAGGCGUUUCACGCGGAUAUUUAAAUCAGGAAGCAAAUGUUUUCACGAUCAAUAAGUUUCACACUAAAGAAGAUGAAAUUUUAAGUCGUAACAUGUUUUGCUACUAUACGGGUGAUUUUGCAAUGAAACUCGGUGAAAAGUAUCAUUUCUUAGGACGAAAAGAUAAGCAACUUAAGGUACGUGGUUAUCGUGUGGAACCUGCGGAAAUCGAAACCGUAAUAAAACAAUGGGAUUCGUCAGUUCGAAAUAUUGCUGUUUUAAAAAAUGAUCAAUUAGACAAUUUAUUCCUAUUCAUUGAAAAAGAUACCAACAGUCAAUACUGUGAAAGAUUGCGACAAUAUCUAAAACAGCAUUUGCUUCAUUUUAUGAUACCCAAGAAAAUCAUUAUGUUGCAACGAAUGCCAUUAAAUAAGAGUGGGAAAAUUGAUAUCGGUAAGUUGAAAGAAAUGAUGAAAAGUGACUAUUUGGCUAAUAAGGAUAAUACGACUUCCGGAUUUUGUCAAUUUAACGAAGCAUUAUCCGAACAAAUACGAGAAAUUUGGUGUCAACUGCUUGGAAUUUCCAAUCCUAAACUUGAGGAUGAUUUCUUCAUAGUCGGCGGACACUCUCUUCUAUUGGUGCUUCUUCGAUAUAAACUUCGUGAUAAAUUCAAAUUUGAUCUUAACUUUGAACAUUUUUAUCGUCAGCCAACAUUAGCAGCGCUCAUUGAUAGUAUACAUACGAAUACGAAUGUAUACAACGAAGUAACAAAUGAGAAAAAAAAAACAUAUUAUCACCUUUGUCAAGACCAUAUGACCUUACGCUCCCUACCUUUAGCAUAUUCUAUUCCAAUGAUUCAAUCGCCAAGAUGUGUAAAUCUUCGAGAAACAAUAUCAGCUACCGGUAAUCUUUAUAUGAUACAUGCUAUCGCCGGUACAAUAUAUCCAUACUUUGGUCUACUAUCAGCUAUACCACAAUGCAUGAAUAUUUAUGCUAUUGAAUAUGAAUUUCACUAUCCAUCAAACAGUUUAAUGGAGCUUGCAUCUUUCUAUUCCAAACAAAUCAUCAAACAUAGCCAAAUGAAAGCAAUACAUUUAAUGGGACAUUCGUUGGGUGGCAUUUUGGCACGUGAAAUAGCACAAUUACUUAAUGUGAAUCGCGAUAGCGAAGUAACAUUUGUUAUAAUGCUUGAUUCGUGGUAUAUUGGUGUUGGUAAUUUACAGGUGAACAAUGUCAAGCGUUACCUUCAGGAAAAAUUAAAAGGUUUACCGGAUAAAGAGGAAUAUAUGAAGAAAUCAGUGAAAUUAACUGAAAUCCUGCAAAACCAUCAAUUUUCAGUCAAUUCUAUCAAAAUUUACCUAUUGAAAGCAAAGAAUCAUGGAAAUUUCCCCCUCAGAACAAACUUAAGAGGGCCAAAUUCCGAAGAGAAAACGCGAUCGAUGAUUUCAAAUGGUUGGCAGAAGAUUUCCGCGAAGAAGGUGGAUAUAUUUCUGGUGGAUGGUGAUCACGAUUCUAUGUUACACCAACAUAACAUAACCUUUCUGAGCAGCAUUUUUGCUUACAUUUAUACUAAGAACGGAAUGCUGGUUGAACAGGCUUGA